AUGCUGGACGGGCUGGAUCCGGGCGGAGAGGAAGCCGACUACUUCACAAUGGGCGGCCCUUCGAGCAACAACUCUUUCCACAGCAGCGAGGGGGAAGGGACGGACCACGAAGGGGAUCCUUUGGAUUGCAGUGGGUCCAGACCUCUGCUGAUGGACUCCGAAGAGGAGGAAGAGGCUUGUAGGAUGAACCCCCAACAUCCGGAGCGAGAGAGCCUUCCCCGAGGAAGCUUGGAUCUACAACCGCUUCCCCAGACCGCGUCCGGCCACGUUCUUCUCAGCGAUUUGCCACAGCAGCCGGGACAAACGUCAGCCGAAAGAGAUGUCUUUGCUACAGCGCCUUUCCGCAGCUCCAGAGCCCUCCCUGACGAUACGGAUAUUUUCGCCAAAGCCCCCUUCGUCUCGAAGAGCCCCGGGUUUGCUAAGCCACCAGACGAGGGCGAUGUGUUCCUCCGGGCCCCGUUCACAAAAAAGAAAAGCCAGGAAGAGUUAAAAUCACAUCCUAUGGCUAAGGAAAUGCCAGCCGUACCAGGAGGGGCCGCUUACGGGCUUAAACCUGUGUUCCCGACCCUGGGCAAGGGAACGCCCGGCCCUCAGGGUCAGUUCUCCGCAUCUUCAUGGGUUGCACCCUCCAGUGUCCCCCCUUGUUCUGGAAAAGCAGCCGAAGGGUCCCGUGGCCCUCCUUCAAAGGAGCUGGGGAGCGUCCCUAAUGACAUCCUCCAGGGCCAAGCCCUCCCUCAAGAUGCCGUUUUGGGUGCGAAGGCCAGCCACCCCUUCCGUCCGCAGUCGCUGGCGAAAUACUCCCGUCACUACAACUCCGACGGCAGCCACGGCAGUGACGCCCAACCCAUCGCAGCUUACAAAGUGGUCUCCCAGACCAACAAGCAGGCCAUCGCCGGGUCUGUUUCCGUGACCUCCCUGUCUUCCAGGACGAAAGAGCUGCCCGGCGCCGAUCCCUUUGCCUCUGCACCCUUUCCUUCUAAAUUGGGAAAGAAGAAGCCAUAA